AUGUCCACCACUCAACUCAACAAAGUAGCCAUCUUCGGUGCCUCUGGCAACUUCGGCACCCCCAUCACUGCAGCUCUCACCAAAGCUAGCUUCAACGUCACCAUCAUCACCCGAAAUGAAUCAAAGUCCACGUUUCCAGAUGGCAUCCCUGUAAUAAGAACAGACUAUAAUCUGGAAGCACUCACCCAAGCGCUUUCUGGCCAAGACGCCGUUGUGUGCGUUGUCGGUCCAGCCGGCAUCAGUCUGCAAGCGACCAUGAUUGACGCUGCUCUCGCCGCUGGAGUCAAACGCUUCAUCACUGAUGACUACGGCUGGGGUCCAGAGUUCAGAAGCUAUCCUGAAUUCGAAGCGGUGCGCGCCCAGCGAGCCGUUGGUGUCGAUCGCGCAAAAGAACAUGCUGCUGCGAACCCCAACUUUACUUGGACCAGUAUCGCGACUGGCAACCCCAUUGACUGGGCGCUAAAACGGUUCCCUACUAUGGGAUUCGACAUCAAGAAUCGCUGUGCAAUCAUCUAUGAUCAAGGAGAAGAGUACUUUACUGGAACCACUCUUGGAGGAAUAGGUCAGUCGGUAGUUGGAGUCCUUCAACACCCUGAAGAAACAGCGAAUCAACACGCCAAAGUGCUCUCCAUCAAAACAUGUCAGAAUGAACUGUUGGAAGCAUUUCAGAAGGAAACGGAAAUUCAAUGGGAUAUCCAGAGACGGACGACUCGUGAGCUUAUAGAUGGAGCGCGAAAGAAGCGUGACAAUGGUGAAGGCGGCUGGAUUCUUGACUUGGCUGUCGCUCAAUUGUAUGAGGCAGCUGAGGGAGGGAAAGCUCGCUGUAUCGUUGCGCCGUCAUGGGAGGAGUCGGAUUCUGGGCUGCUCAGGGUAACUAAGGAAUCACCGGAAACCAUUAUCGCUUCUGUACUGGCUAGUGCUUGA